AUGCCGCUCGACGGACAUGCGCAUCUCGUCUCUCAAGGCUGGUCCGGGAAAGGCAACGGUCUCCGCCGCGGAGCCAUUGCGAAGCCCAUAACGGUUCUGCAGAAGAAAACACUGUCGGGCAUUGGGAAGGACCGCGACGAGGCGUUUCCGUUCUGGGACCACGUAUUCCAGGCCUCUGCAGUCAGCAUCCAGAUCAAAGUGCACAACUCUGACGACGAGUCUGACGCCGACGACACCGGCAACAGCGGCGCAUCCACCCCCGCGCCCGGCGCCUCCGCGCUCAGGCGCACGCAGACCGGCAUCCUCUCCAACCGCCGCCCGCUCGCGCGCACCCCCGCCGACUCCUCCUCCGGGACGUCCACCCCGUCCGCGGCCCCCGCGGGCGCGCACCGCCGGAGCGUCCUCGGCGCCGCGAAGCAGCAGGCCGCGCGCCGGCUGCUCUACUCCAUGUUCUACCGCGGCCCGGUCCUGACGAACGAGGGUGAGGAGAAGGAAGGGGGCCGUCAGUCGGAAGAGGGAGCGUCGGGGGAACCGGUGGCUGGGCCCUCUGCUGUCGCCCCUGCUGCCUCGGAGGCGGACGGCAAAAAGAACAGGAAGCGGAAGGCGGGUGGGGAAAGCGAGGAGGAUAGGGCGGAGCGCAAGCGCCAGAGACGGGCGGCGAAGGAGCAGGAAAAGCGGACCGGAGACCAGAAGAAGAGGGAGCGCGCUGAGGCGAUGGGCAAGGGGAAGGGAGGGCCUCCGACGACCGCACGCAAGGCGGAGAGGGCGGAGAGGAAGCGGCUCCGUGCGGAGAGGCGAGUGAGCAAGGAGGCGCGGCGGAAGCGGCGCGCGGACAAACUCGCGAGGAAGGCAGGAGGCUCGGAAACA